AUGACAUACCCGAGAAAACCUCUAGUAUGUGGAGCGACGGCAUUUUUGCAUCCCCUUGUACCGACAGCAGAAAAUGCUUUUAAUCCCUGUUUCCUCACGGCUCUCGUGUGGCUCAUUUCUGCAGUGAUUGGCGUCUCUGGAGCAGUCCAGCUCUAUAGCACUUGGAAAAAGCCUGUUUAUGGCAACCUCUCGGCGAAGAGUACGGGCUUUUUUCAUUGGUUUCGAUGCAGCUUGGUGUUUCUCCACACACUUCUCGUGUGUCUGUUGUUUAGCCUGAUCUCGGUAGUAGAAAGGUAUGCGGACCACAAGCUCAUUCCCUUUGGGACAUUGGCUCUUGUAUCCGCCACCAUAGUAACUCCGUUACAUGUUAUUGAACCUACUCGCGUGACCAUUCCUCUGGGCUCUUUACUUUGCUUCUGGCCGGUGAUGGCAAUUCUCGAACUAGUGCUCUAUUUCCAAGAUUCUUCUACUCAAUGGCCGGUUUUGCUCAAUUCCAAAGCACCAAGCUUUGAGUUGUUGGCUUCAAUUACUUCUAUAUCCAUCUUUAUUUUGGAGUAUUCCAAGAAGUCAUGGCGGCCUACACAUGAGCUCUUGAUACAUUAUCACACUUCCGAAACUCUCGUUGCUUCUCUUCACCAGCCAAACUUUAUUGAUAGAAUCACUUUCCUGUGGAUGAAUAAUUUGAUCACUAACUCUUACAAGAAACAAACUUUGGAAGUUGAUGAUCUACCUGAAAUCUCAGGUUUUGCUACUGAAGACUUCACUCAAAAAUUGCAGUUACAUUGGGGCGGUGUAGAAGGAAAAAAGUCAAAGGCGCACCUAGCCGGAUCGCUUCUUAAAGCUUUUGGUCCUCUUAUGCUCUCCUGCCUUUUGUACGAUGCUGCUGAUUCCUUACUUGGUUUUGUUCAGCCUCAGCUUUUGAGAUUGCUCAUUAUUUUCAUUGGUGAUAAACUUGAGAAUCCGCAGGACAACCCUGUCUUGAAAGGUGCUUUGAUAUCAGCAAGUAUGUUUGCUGUUACCAUCAUUCAAACAGCGUUGAGUAAUCAGUACAUGCUAAAAGUUCUUGAAGUGGGCUUGGGUUGCCGGUCUUCUCUCACAUCACUCAUUUUCAGGAAGAGUUUGCGGCUAUCUACAAAUGCAAGAGCUGAAAGAUCGACAGGUGACAUAGUGAACUUGAUUUCAAUUGACACACCUCGUAUUCAGACUUGUGCUCAAGAAAUUGGAACGCUCAUCAUUGCGCCCACGGAAUUGUUCAUAUGCAUUUACUCUUUGUGGCAAUUAUUGGGCAAGGCUUCUCUUGCAGGUGUUGUGGCCAUCAUUGUCAUAAUGCCCAUUAAUACGGUAAUUGUGAGAUUUCUGAAACGUUUGAACAAACUUCAAAUGAAAUUAAAAGAUUACCGGAAUAAUAUUACCAAUGAGAUCCUCGUAUCUAUGAAAUCGCUCAAAUUAUAUUCAUGGGAAAUUCCUAUGCUCAAUAGGCUACUUGAUGCCAGAAACAACAAAGAGCUUAAGAACUUGAAGAAGAUUAGAAUCAUCAAUCAAGUGGCAAAUUUAAUAUGGGUAUCUUUGCCAUUUAUGGUAACGUUAGCCACCUUUAGUGCAUUUGUUUGUUUUGAAAGUGUACCUUUAACAUCAGAAAUUGUCUUCCCUGCCCUCAGUUUACUUAACCUUCUUUCACGGCCUAUCCUUUCAUUUCCAAUGUUGAUUAAUUAUAUGACUGAAGCUUCGGUUGCAUUAGACAGAAUUUCUGAUUUCCUACUUGAGGAGGAAGUAGAUGAUAAAUUGGUGAAGUUUGUGUCAGGUGAAUAUAGUGAAGCUUUACGGAUGAAGAGAAUCUCCUUUGUGUGGAAUAGGCCUGUUGAGAAUAUUACAGAGAUCAGGGAGGAUAUGGACUUCUCACCAAUAAGAUAUGCUCUUAAAGACAUCAAUAUUGAGGUUAAAAAAGGUCACUUUAUUUGCGCCGUUGGCAAGGUUGGUUCCGGUAAAUCGUCCCUCUUAUCUGCAAUCAUCGGUCAGCUCGAUGCUGUAGAUGCUCAUAAUCCAUUCACGAAAGCUGCACCUAUAGAGCUUGGAGGUACUAUUGCAUAUUGCUCUCAAAAUCCAUGGAUUAUGAACGCCUCUGUGAAAGAUAACAUUCUUUUUGGUUUCCGCUAUGAUGAGGACUACUACAAUAAAACUAUUGAUGCUUGUGAACUUUUACCUGAUCUUAAUGUACUCCCAGAUGGAGAUGCUACGCAAGUCGGAGAGAAGGGAAUAACACUUUCUGGGGGACAAAAGGCUCGUUUAGCGUUGGCAAGGGCAGUUUAUUCUCGGGCUGAUAUCUAUCUUCUUGAUGAUGUUUUGAGUGCUGUUGAUAGUCACGUUGGUAAAAGCAUUGUAUCCAAAGUUUUGAGUCGUACGGGUUUGCUUGCUGGAAACACAGUGAUCCUUGCUACCAACAAUAUUGGUGUCCUUUCGCGGGCAGAUAAAAUUUAUCUCUUUGAGAGUGGCUCAAUUGUUGAGGCCGGAAGCUACAGCGAAGCUGUCCACAAUCAAGAUCUUCCCAAACUCAACCAACUCUUACAGGAGUCGGGUCAUUUAGAUUAUUCGCGGAGCCGAACUAUGAGUCCGCCAAUAGAAAACAGUGAUCAUGAAUCUACAGAGACGUGUGUUUCAUCGCCCACUUUACGGAAAGAAUUUCCAAGGAAAGCUAGCGUGGCAACAUUUGACUGGAAUCCUUUCAAGAAAAAUGUAAGCAGCAGAUCCCAGCCAACAGCAGAAAUCUCAGCUAAAGGAAAGGUGAAGUGGAAAGUGUAUUGGCAGUAUAUCAAGGCGUGCUCCUUGAUUUGGACGUGUGUAUGGCUUGUGGUCAACGUUGCAGCUACUUUGGCGUCAGUGCUAAGUAAUUACUCCUUGAAGAAAUGGGCUGACAGAAACUCUGCUUUUGGUGAUAACAAGGGUGCCCUCAAAUACAUUGCCAUUUAUGCUGUCCUCGGCUUCAGUACCAGUAUUUUGAAUUUAUGCAAGGGAGUCAUUUUUUGGAUACAUUUAGGUAUCAGAGGAGGUCAGGUUGUUCAUGAUGGGAUGGCACGGCGACUUAUGAAAGCACCGAUGAGUUUUUUCGAGCGCACGCCUGUUGGGCGGAUUAUGAACCGCUUCAGCAAUGAUAUAAAUAAGGUUGAUGAUGCCCUUCCUCGCUCCUUUAAUUCCUUCAUGGGAGUUGCAUUAAAGACAAUCAUGACCUUCAUUGUCGUUGGAACAGCGAUUCCUCCAUUCGCAUUCGUUGCUGUAGUCUUGUUUUUCAUUUAUGGGUACUACCAAAAGUACUACAUAAGUGUCCAAAGAGAACUUAAAAGGUUGGUUUCCAUUUCACGCUCUCCAUUUUAUAAUUCAAUUUCAAGAAAGAUAGACAGGUGA